GCCAUCUCUCCAGCCUUAUUAUUUAUUUUUUGAGAUGGUGUCUCAGCCCUGGAUGACCUCAGUCCUCCUGCCUGAGUGUCCUGUGUCCUGGGAGGACCUAUGACCAGCCCCUGGUGACUCAGUUUCACCGCCAGAGCCUGGCCGACAGGAAUGGGACCCUCAAGUGCACCUUCUCUGCAGCCGGUCACAGCACAGGCCUCUUGCAGGGUCUGGCUGCGCUGCGUGCACAGGGCCAGCUGCUGGAUGUGAUCCUCACAGUCAAUGGUGAAGCCUUCCAUGCACACAAGGUGGUCCUGGCGGCCUGCAGUGAUUACUUCAGGGCCAUGUUCACAGGCGGCAUGAGGGAGGCCAGCCAGGCAGUCAUCGAGUUGCAGGGUGUGUCUGCACGUGGCCUGCGCCACAUCAUCGACUUUGCCUACAGCGCUGAGGUGACGCUGGACCUUGACUGUGUGCAGGACGUGCUGGGCGCCGCUGUGUUCCUGCAGAUGCUGCCUGUGGUGGAGCUGUGUGAGGACUUCUUAAAGGCGGCCAUGAGCGUGGAGACCUGCCUGCACAUCGGCCAGAUGGCUACCACCUUCAGCCUGGCCUCACUGCGGGACUCUGUGGAUGCCUUCACGUUCCGCCACUUUCUGCAGAUUGCAGAGGAGGAAGACUUCCUGCGCCUGCCCUUGGAGCGCCUGGUCUUCUUCCUGCAGAGCAACCGGCUGCAGAGCUGCGCUGAGAUCGACCUGUUCAGGGCGGCGGUGCGCUGGCUGCAGCAUGACCCGGCCAGGCGGCCGCGCGCCAGCCAUGUGCUCUGCCACAUCCGCUUCCCGCUCAUGCAGCCGGCGGAGCUGGUGGAUAGCGUGCAGACGCUGGACGUGAUGGUGGACGACGCCCUGUGCCGCCAGUUCCUGCUGGAGGCCUUCAGCUACCAUGUGCUGCCCUGUCGCCAGCAUGACAUGCAGUCGCCCCGCACGGCUGUGCGCUCCGACGUGCCCUCCUUGGUUACCUUCGGUGGCACACCCUACACUGACAGCGACCGCUCGGUCAGCAGCAAGGUGUACCAGCUGCCGGAGCCUGGUGCCCGACACUUCCGUGAGCUCACGGAGAUGGAGGUGGGCUGCAGCCACACGGGCGUGGCCGUGCUGGACAACUUCGUGUAUGUGGCCGGCGGCCAGCACCUGCAGUACCGCAGUGGCGAGGGUGCAGUGGAUGCCUGCUACCGCUAUGACCCGCACCGCAACUGCUGGCUGCGGCUGCAGGCCAUGCAGGAGAGCCGCAUUCAGUUCCAGCUGACCGCACUGGGUGGUCUGGUGUAUGCCACCGGUGGCCGCAACCGUGCGGGCAGCCUGGCCUCAGUGGAGCGCUACUGUCCACAGCGGGACAGCUGGGACUACGCUUGCUCACUGAAGCGACGCACCUGGGGCCAUGCUGGGGCCUCGGCUGGGGGCCGCCUCUACAUCUCCGGGGGCUAUGGCAUCUCUGUGGAGGACAAGAAGGCCCUGCACUGCUACGACCCCGCAGCUGACCAGUGGGAGGUGAGGGCUCCCAUGAGCGAACCGCGGGUACUGCAUGCCAUGGUGGGCGCUGGAGGCCGCAUCUAUGUCCUGGGAGGCCGCAUGGACCAUGUGGACCGCUGCUUCGAUGUGCUGGCUGUGGAGUACUAUGUGCCUGACACGGACCAGUGGACCAGCGUGUCCCCGAUGCGUGCCGGCCAAUCAGAAGCUGGCUGCUGCCUGCUGGAGAGGAAGAUCUACAUUGUGGGUGGCUACAACUGGCGCCUGAACAACGUCACUGGCAUCGUGCAAGUUUACAACACCGAGACUGACGAGUGGGAGAGGGACUUGCACUUCCCAGAGUCCUUCGCGGGCAUUGCCUGUGCCCCUGUCCUGCUGCCCCGCGCUGGGCCCAGGAGGUAGCUCCUGGGACCUGUGGGGCCCCAGUCUGGCCGUAUGCCAUCUCAAAUUUGAUGUGGUGAAUGUAAGCUCAGUUGCGAAGAUGUGUGGGCACUCUGCUCUGGGGGUCCCCAACUUCUGACUCCUAGUCUAGCAGAGGGAGCUAGUCUAAGAGGCCAGAGUGCUGCAGCAGCCUCUGAUAUGGCUGAUGGUACCGCCCCUCCAGCUGGGGAAAUUGGGGUCCCAGUGUUUUGUGUGGCUCUAUCGUGAUUCCCUAAUGUGACCCCAGCCAGACAUUCAGAGGUGAGCUUGUUGAGUCACAGUGCAGACCAAUCCUUUCCAUCUCCUGAGUGGUUUAAAAUCAGCUUGGGGCCAGUGAGAGGGCUCAGCAGAUGAAGGUGCCUCCCACCAAACCUGACAACUUGAGUUCAAUUCCAAAACCCACAAAAUGGAAGGCGAGAACCAGUAACACAAAUUAUCCUUUGACUCCAUAUGCGUGCCAUGGCACACAUGAACACACAUGCGCAAUUAAAUAAGUGUGAUAAACAAUUUUAAAUGAGUUUUCCUGGGCUGGAGAGAUGACUCAGUAGUUAAGAGCGCUCUUGCAGAGGACCCAGUUUCA